AGGACAGACAGAUGAGGGAAGAUAUUUCUCAUUUUUAGUUCUGAAUGAUUUGUUCAUCCUGCUCUGGUGCUCCACAGAGUUUAAGAUGUCUUAAAGUGAGCAUGAGUUUCCCGCUCUAAGGAUUAUAUGUAGGACUGACAGAGCUUAGGAUCUGAACUCAGCAGGAUCUUGACAAAUGUCAUGAAGUGAUUGACAACUCCAUAGACAUGGACAGGCUGAAUCAGAACGUUCCAGAACACGGUCAUCUGACUCAUCGGGUCUUACAGAACACAUCGCUGGACCUGAUUGAAACAGGCAAGACUCUCAAAGUCCAGGCAGAACGGCCCCAUCUCGUCAGCUUGGGAAGUGGCCGUCUGAGUACGGCUAUAACUCUGCUGCCCCUGCCAGAGGGGAAGACUACACUCGGCCAUGGGAACACAGACAUUAAUAUUCAGGGUCCCGGUGUCACUGCUCAGCAUUGCUACAUUGAAAAUGUGGGGGGAGCCAUUACCCUGUACCCCUGUGGAAAUCAGUGCUCAUUGGAUGGCUUAGCAGUUACCAAACCUGUCAGACUCACACAAGGGUGUAUGCUGUGUUUUGGUCAGUCAGCCUUUUUCCGCUUUAACCACCCAGAGGAGGCCCUCAGGAUGAAGAGUUUGAUGCCAGGGGGAAGCCCUGGAUUUACCAGUACCUACAAGAACCACUCAGAAACCCAUGGGCAGCUCAAUGGAAACUAUCCUCCUGUGAACGAACAAUCUCGUCCUGGACAUGGCACUCUUGUGCGCUCCAUUGAAAAGGACCUUCAGGACAUUAUGAAUUCUCUGUCUAUGGAUGAAGGCCAGACUUCCUCAUCUGAGCACUGUAAAAAAGCCCACCAGUCUGCCAUGCUCAACGGGGGUGGCCAAAGUCUUGUCUCUCCUCCAAACAGUCCUGGUGCUUUGUCAGUAAGCUCCAUCUAUGAAAAUACCAGUCUUCCUUUCUCCCCCAUCUCCACCUCCUCUAGGGUUAGCAGUCCAGGGGCUUGUUUGGACUCCUCUAAUACCCGUUCCACCAGCUACACCCGCACCGUCCAGCCCCCGGUGCCACAACCACGCACUUUUGCAUCCAAGGCCAGCAGUUCCAAUGGGGAAAGUCCCAGGCUUCAAAAAGCCUUGACUGAAACCCCCUCAAGCCCUGCUACAAACCGUAGAGGUGAGAAUCCACACCUGGCCCAUGGUUCCUCCUCUUCGUCACUAUCAUUUGUAUCUGGAGAUUUAAGCAGACAGGUCAAUACCAGACUCACCUCCCCAUCCUCACCGGCAUCUUCUAGCCCUCGAUCCAGUGUUGGCUCAUCAGUCCAAGAAAAUUCUUCUAGUCUUCAGUCCCAUUCUCAUGCACUCCUUCCUCCAGACAGUCCCCAGUCGUCCCGCCGUGGUGUAGAAUUGUCCAGUAUGCGUCAGCUUCCUCCUCUCAGUCCCUCUCCAUCACGCAAAGGUGUCCUGGGGGUGCCUGUACUUCCUGGAGCUCUGCCUGGUGUUCCUUUAACGUCUCGUGGUCGGACUGUACCAGAGAGUCCUCGUCUCCAACGACGAACCACAGCAGAGGAUGAAGCAGGAAAUAUGAGAUUGCACGGCAGAAGUCCAUCUCCUGUAUCAGCUCUUUUGAAGGACCAGCCUGGCGGAAAGCAGAACGGUGUUCUCAAUCCAGCUUUUGGUUCUCAGACAGGGGCAUCUCCUCUCACUAGUCCCCGUAACCAGAGAAAGAACUCAAGGGAGCCUCGGCAGGUCCAGACACGCACACGGGAACGCAAGAACAGCAUUUCAGAGGUCAGCGACAAAGAGGAAGACCUCCUGGAGUACCAUCGCUGGCAGAGAGAGGAAAGGAUGCGUGAGCAGGAAAUGGAGAGGCUGGAGAGGCAGAGGCUUGAGACCAUCCUGCAUUUGUGUGCCGAGUAUAAUAAGAGUGAUCCUCCGGUUGGCUUGGACGCUGGGAGGGCGUGUCAGUUCCCGGGUAUGGAGGAGGUCUCUGUUCGACGACCCGGUCCUGUCCCGGCGACUGUGCCGGCCCAGAGCUCUCAGAGACAGCGAGAGAAUGAGGAGGAGAACCUGAAAGAGGAGUGUAGCAGCACUGAAAGCCAGCACCAGGAGCAUGAAGAUUCCUCAGUGCUGGGGCAGCAGGAGAGAGCAUAUCUGGAGGAAGAGCGGCUCAGGGUUCUGGCUCGGGUGGACGAGCUGAAGACUCGUGUCACUGACCUGGAACAGCAGAUACAGGAGUCCAGACAGGAGGCUGAGAUGGAGAGAGCAUUACUACAGGGAGAACGGAGGGCAGAGCUUGAUCAAGUGGAGACAGAGUUGGAGAUCAUCAAUCAACUUCAGCUGAAACUGAAUGAAGUGGAAAAUGCAACUCAGAAGGAGAAAGAGACGGAGAGAGCAAAAGUCUCAGCUGAGCGGGAUGUCCUGGCCAGACUGAGGGAUUCGUACAGUGAGCUGAAGGGCCAGCUUCAUAAAUGCCCAGAAUCACUGAGGGAGCACUUACAGGAACAACUGACCAGGAAGGUGGAGGCUCUGGAGUCGGCCACUAAGCGCUUUGAGGAUUUGGAGUUCCGCCAGUUGGAGCGAGAGAGUGGCAUUGAGGAGGAGAAGGAGACAGUCAGCAGGCAGCUGUUGCAAGAGAAAGCAGAGUAUCACCGGAGUGUGGCCAAAAGGAAGGAGAAAAUGGCAGCUCUGGAGAUCCAUGCUAACCAACUUGGACUUCAGGCAGCUCAGGAUUGUGAAAGGAUGGCCAAAGAUAGAACACUGGGCCUGCAGAUGCUCCACAAGGAAAAGGAGAGACUGUCUGCCCUAGAGAAGAGAUACCAGAGCCUAACUGGUGGAAAGACUUUCUCCAAGCCAAGCAGCACAAAGGAGGAAGUGCUCUACAUCAAUGAACCUGACUUUUUUGAUGAGCUCCCUUCCCAGAAUUCUCUGCUCCCUUCUUCUUGUUGUCAAAGAUCCACCACUCAGACAUAUUCUAACAGGCAACAGGAGGAGUACCUCAAACUCUCUGAUGUAUAUAAGAUGUAUGGGAACGGAUGUGUCCCUGCCCAAACUGCUUUCCCUAACGCGCUCUGUCUACCACUGGCUGUAACAUCAGACACACCUCGUGAGGAGUAUGUGACAGUCGGUCAGUUAAACCAGCUGUUCGGGAUGCCUAAAGUUGACCCCUCCCCCACAUCUUCCAUCCAAUCAUUCCAAGCUAUUGUCGCUGAUCCUGUCCACUCCAGCCACACAUCCCAGUGUGGCUCUUCCCAGUCACUUCCUGCUGAGACCCAGCCUGCAUGGAGUAGGCCUUCAAUCCCCAGGCUAGAUUCAGAGCGCUGGUACCAGGAAAUCAUGGCAGCUGGGGAGUCCAGUCAUGCCUGUCCUCCCCCUCUGCCUGCUAAGUGUCUCUCCUCACGUAAACCUAUGCAGAUCUGUAAGCAGGAUGGAGAGCUGGGACAGACCAAUGGUACCUUUACACCCCUGCCUUCCACGACCACAUCAGGCAGAAACACACCCACCAAAAGUCUCCCAGACCUAUCUCCUGCUUAUUUGGACUUAGACUCCAGGAGACAGUUAGAUCUACAGGGCAGAGGGCUCUAUACAUGUGAUGAUUCCAGAAUCAGGCCUACAGAUCCUAAACACAGCCAGUGGGGGGCACCACCUUCAGGAGUUCCCAUGGUACACCACUCCAUUCUCCACCACCAAGCACCCCCAGCAGGAGAGUCGACUUAUGACACUCUGAGUUUGGAGAGCUCCGACAGCGUGGAGACCAGCGUAUCUACCGGCAACAAUUCAGCCUGUUCACCUGAAAGCAAUGGGCUGGCAGGACUGAGGCUGGAGGAGAUGGAGAAGAUGUUGAAGGAGGCCCAGCAGGAGAAAGCCAGACUGGUGGAGAGUCGAGAGAGAGAGGUCCAGGCACGGAAGCAGCUGCUGGAGGCCGAGAGGAGGAGGCGAGAGGAGGUAGAGAGGAGGCUGAUGGAUGAGACCGCGCACAGGCAGAGACUUGUGGAGGAAGAGGUCAAGAUGAGAGAGAAACAGUGUUCUCAGGCUCGGCCAAUGACGCGCUACCUACCUAUUCGAAAAGAAGAGUUCGACCUGCGUUCCCAUGUGGAGUCAUCAGGCCACUGCGUGGACACAUGUCCGUUUGUCAUUGUUACAGAGAAAAUGUGCAAGGGCCAUCUUGUGAAGAUGGGCGGCAAGAUCAAAUCCUGGAAAAAACGCUGGUUUGUCUUUGAUCGGCUUAAAAGGACCUUCUCUUAUUACAUAGAUAAACACGAGACCAAACUGAAGGGUGUCAUCUACUUCCAAGCCAUAGAGGAGGUGUAUUACGAUCACCUGCGCAGCGCAACUAAGAGUCCAAAUCCUUCGCUAACCUUCUGCGUGAAGACUCACGAUCGACUUUAUUUCAUGGUGGCACCGUCUCCAGAGGCCAUGCGAAUUUGGAUGGACGUCAUAGUAACGGGUGCCGAGGGCUACACGCAGUUUAUGACCUGAGGGAAAGAGGAUGCAAUCCUCCCUGCAGUGAUCUGAGAUUUACCAGGAUAUGUAACAUAUGCAGAAUUAUGUCAAAACUUUCAGCCAGCACUGACUGACUUCUUUGUCAUCAUGACUAGGAAGAGAACUGAAUUCAGGCCGGCCUGAUGACGAUAACAUAUUAUUGUGCAAAUAAUGCUCAAAAUUUAUGUUACUAAAAAUAGAAGCUGAAUAUAUAUAUAUAUAUAUAUAUAUAUCUUCAGAUAUA